AUGGCCGAUACUGCCCCGCACUCAUCCAGCCUGGGCGCACGAUUGAAGGGCGCGUUGAGGCCGAAGAAAUCGCGAAACCGCCUGGUCAAGAAGCCGCCCUCCGAGUCAGUCAGCGCUGAAAUCGUCAGGAGGAACAACGAGACCAUCUCCAGAAGUGCAAGCACCCUGCUCAGUCAAGGUGCGCAGUCGCACUUGCAUCCGGCGCCUCAUUCUACGGCUCCGGACGCCUCACUGAUCGACAGGCAUACCGGAGAACGUCGCGACAUUACCGCACUGAUCCAUGGCCUACAGGACUCUUUCGAGCCAGGCCAGGACGAUAUACCCGAAGAGUUCGACGAAAAUCGGCCGCCUGGCGAGCCUUUGAUCUCCAGCCUGCCGCCCAAGUUGUGGCACAAAAUUGUAGAUGAGUUCUUGUCGCCAGCCGACGCUGCGAGCUUAGCGUUCGCGAACAAGACCUUGGCCAAUAUCCUGGGCCCAGGCCCAUGGGAAGCGUUGAGAUUGCCAGAAAAUCAUCAGGACAGGAUUCAAUUUUUGGCCCCUAUGGACCGUCACCUUCCCGCACAUCUUUUAUGCUUUCCAUGCGCAAUCUACCACGUCCGCAUACACCGUGGCGAAGAGGAACUCAAGCCUCCGAAUGUACUCAACCCAUUGUUUAUCUGUCCCCAUGCUCAGAAUCCUCUCAUGCCGCCUCCCCGCACACGGCUCACGCCAAACCGCAAUCUCCCGUUCACAUUCGUCCAGCUCCCAACGAGAGCGGCACGAUAUGGCCUCGAAUACGGCAUUCCCGUGGAGAAUCUGUUCCGGCGCUGGAAGGACACCGCCAGUGGCUGGUCCCACCAAACGCGCUACUACGUCGUCAAUAAUCACCUCUUCCUCCGCGUCAUCAGUUCCACCUUCGCACCGGCCGGUCUUCCACUCAGCGGGCAGCGACAUCUACUAUACUCGCGGGAAGACUAUUCGCCUUACUUCUCCGUUUGUGCGCACUGGCGAGACGGCGAGUUGAUGAACUUGUGCAAGUGCGCGCUCAAUCACAUUCCGAAGCCGCGUCAGGGGAAUGGGCCCGAACAACAGCUCGCGCGGCGCAUCGACUCACGCAUCAAACAUGUUCCGACUGCCACGCAAGUCGUCAGCCAGUGCACGGAAUGCAAGUCAAUCCGUCGCUGCACCGAAUGUCCGACUGAGUAUCUGAUCGAGCUCAAGUUAGCCGAGGACAAGAGCGACCCAUUUCAGAAAUUCAAGCAGUCCAUCUCGGUGACUCGAUGGAGUGAUUUGGGCGACGGGACAACACCCGCGUCGCCUGAGUGGGCGGCGGUGAAUGGAGAGGCGGAGUACGAUUCGUUCAAGGCCAUCGGAAAGCGUGCGGUUUCAGCAAUUUUUGAAUCGCAGGACAGCGAUUUCAUACCGUAUCAAGCAGUCAAGUCGCUUAAUCCGAAAGGCAUCAAGAAAGGCGAGGAUGGGCACAACUGGUAUUAG